GUUCCCCGGACCCUGGGCCUCGGCCGGUCCCCGCUGUCACUCCGCCGGGUCGGCGUCGGAGAGUCCCAGCCCGAGGGGCGCGCGGCGGCGGCCGCCCGGGCCGCGAUGGCCGAGCUGCUGCGGACGCCGGCGGGAAAACCUCCCUGCCGCUCGCUUCGACCUCUGGCCUUCCUCCUGGUCACCUUCCUCCUGGUCUUUGGCAUGGUGGUGGUGAACCUGAGAAUCCCGAUGCCGGGGACCAGCCCGGAAGGAGAAGGCGAGGCUGCUAGAGCACCGGCCGGGAUGCAAGUUGUGAAACUACCGAGGAUGCUGUACCCGCAGCCCAGGGUGCUGACGCCCUCGAGGAACGACGUCCUCGUCCUGACCCCGUGGCUGGCGCCCGUCAUCUGGGAGGGCACCUUCAACAUCGCCCUCCUGAACGAGCAGUUCCGGCUGCAGAACCUCACGGUGGGGCUCACCGUGUUCGCCAUCAAGAAGUACGUGGCCUUCCUGAAGCUGUUCCUGGAGACGGCCGAGCAGCACUUCAUGGUGGGCCACAGGGUCACCUACUACGUCUUCACCGACCGGCCGGCCGCUGUGCCCCGCGUGGCGCUGGCCGAGGGCCGCCGCCUGGAGGUGCUCCGGGUCCCGGCCGCCGCGCGCUGGCAGGACGUGUCCAUGCGCCGCAUGCAGAUGCUCAGCGACUUCUGUGAGCGGCGCUUCCGGCGGGAGGUGGCCUUCCUGGUGUGCACCGACGUGGACAUGCGCUUCAGCGACCACGUGGGCGUGGAGAUCCUGUCCCCGCUCUUCGGCGCCCUGCACCCCGGCUUCUACGGGGCGGCCCGCCAGGCCUUCACCUACGAGCGCCGGCCGCAGUCCCGGGCCUUCAUCCCCUUGGACCAGGGCGACUUUUACUACCUGGGGGGCCUCUUCGGCGGGUCGGUGUCCGAGGUUCACCGGCUCACCACGGCCUGUCACCGGGCCAUGACGGCCGACCGCGCCAACGGCAUCGAGGCCGUCUGGCAGGACGAGAGCCACCUGAACCGCUACCUGCUGGACCACAAGCCCACCAAGGUGCUGUCCCCGGAGUACCUGUGGGACGAGCAGCUGCUGGGCCGGCCGGCCGUCCUGAGGAAGCUGAGGUUCGUGGCCGUGCCCAAGGACCACCAGCAGAUCCGCAACUGAGGGCGGGAAGGGCUGGGGCCACGCUCCCUCUGGCCCCAGGUUGGAGCCUUGAUGGCCCCUGCGCUUCCCUCUUCUGUCCUUGGGGGGAGACUGUGGAUGCCUGGCAC